AUGCAAAAAGUCAACCUUUCGAGGUCCGUGGUCGCCGUCUUUCUCACUACUGUGUUGAUUGUCAAUCGCAAGCGUGCCCUUGGUCCUUCAAUUCCCACGCUCGAUGCGCGUUGCCUCUGGAUGACAAAAGCACUGGCUCUACACGCAGAAUCUGCUCGGCAAGGUGUCGUCAAUAUUGAUCUUCUACUGAGGGGCCCGGCACGAGUGUGAUAGAGCCCCGCCUUUGUACAGCUUGAUGCGUCUUUCCGUCCACGGCACUGCUCCUCAACCAGUUCAGAAGGCAGAUGCGCAAGAUACAGAAGGAGCACUUUACUUCACUCCACGAUGCCGUACAGAUGUCACAGCGAGGAGGGCGAAAGCAAAGAUUGUUUGGUGCUCUAUACGCCUGUCGGGUCCCGUUGGGAGGAAACAGAGCGACGAAGCGAGCAGCAAUCCGAGGAUAUUCACGAACUAUCCGCAGAGGGCAAACAAGCGAUAG